GCCGCGCUUCUCAAUGAGGCUGUCGAGAGCGCAACUGGAUUGAACAGCAACUGGAUUGAGCGUGGAGCAGCAAACAUCACUGUCCACUCCGAGCACAACAUGGAUUACAGACGGAUUAAGCGUGUAUUAUUUGUCAAUGUAUUUAUGAACUUUGUAUUUAUUUCUCUUCAGAAAAAGGAAGAGGUGUUAUUGGAUAUGGUGGCAUCGGGAGCUGAGUUGGGUUGGUUGACAUCGCCUGUUAAGGAUGGGUGGGAGAUAGGCCAGCAGGCUGUGAAUGGCUCUCUGUUGUAUAACUAUUAUGUAUGUAACGUGGAGAAAGGAGAACAAGACAACUGGCUCCGUACUACAUUUAUCCAGCGCAACCCUGCUGCAUCUCGGGUCUUUGUGGAGCUGCAAUUCAAUGUCCGCGACUGCAACACUUUCGAAGCAGUCCCGCUUAACUGCAAGGAGACCUUUAACUUGUACACCUCCGAGGCUGAUGCGGACAUUGGCACUGCUUUCCGCAAAGGCCUGUUCCGAAAGGUGGCCACCAUUGCUCCAGAUGAAAUAUCCGACCGUGGAAAGAUGAAGAUGAACACUGAGACUAAAGUGGUGGAUAAUCUUUCACGUAAGGGCUUCUACCUGGGCUUCCAGGACAUUGGAGCCUGCGUAGCCAUCUACUCUGUCAGGGUUUACUAUAAAACAUGUCCUGCAACAGUGCAGAGCUUGGCAGCAUUCCCUGAGACAGUGGCAGGGGGCGAGAAUCAAGCAUUGCGGGAGGUGGCUGGAAGUUGUGUCAAAAAUGCUAUCAGUGAGGACCAACCUCGCAUUUAUUGCACCACGGAUGGGGAAUGGGUCGUACCUAUGAGCCAAUGCCAGUGCGAAUCCGGGUUCGAAGCCCUUGAAGAUACUUGCCAAGAAUGUCAGCCAGGCUUCUUCAAACCAUCGGUGUCCAGUGAGGCCUGUAAACCCUGCCCAAAAAACACGGAGCCCUCAGGCCCUGGUGCCACACGCUGCUCCUGUAAUGAUGGCUUUUAUCGAGCACCCGAGGACCCAGAAACGUCUGCAUGCUUUGGUGAGAAGAUUCAUAAGGAGGAAUUUGAUGUCUUGAUAUGAUCACUGUGUAAAUAUAUCUGCAGCUGGUUUCAGAGCCAAGCGUGAUCUUUUAUACACGAUCAUGAUACGGUUGUUGGCAGUCUCAAUGCGU